AUGGCAUCAAGCGCUUCUUUCGCCGCAUGCGAGCAGGAAAUCGUGGCUGCCUGCGCCCAGCACGAGCUCGCACAUGCCCAAAAAAUCGACUAUAGACGAUGCAUCCCUUUCAUCAUCGACGACACCAGAUAUUUCGUCAAGUUUGGUGACACCUUGAGCUUCGCAUCUGAAGCCGCUACGCAGAAGGAGCUUUCCAAGGCCGCUCGCAGUGACCAGGACGCGCCGCGCGUCCCAGCAAUCCACCACAUCUUCGCGCACGAGCAUCUCACGUACGCUGUCAUGGAGUUUGUCGAGACGGCAGAAGUCCCUAUGGAGGCACUGGUACAAAAGGUAGCUGCGGCUGUGCUAUGGCUGCGUCGUCAGCCAGCGCCUCCCGGUGUCGCGCUCGGCCCUUUGGGUGGCGGACGUGCUUGGCACCGGAUAUUCAAGGACAGCUGUGCGCCGCUACCUUUCACCAGCUCUGCCGCGUUAGAACGCUUCCUGAACAAGGCCAUCUCGAGUAUCCGUCGCCGCCAGCCCAGUAUCGCCGACAUUAGCAUUGCCGACGAACCACUAGUCCUUACCCAGUCCGACAUGGACCCCAGCAAUUUCGGUGUCGAUACCGCCGGGCGACCGGUCAUCUUCGACUUUGGCCAGAUUGGAUGGCUCCCUGAGUCCCUUGCAAAUCACUCCCUGCUCGGGACGUCCCCCUUUGCCUCCGGUGUGUCCGCGGGUGUGCUGGGUGACGGCCUUCGCUCCGUGGUGGAAUCGUCCAACGUGAAGUCGUUGGGUGCAGUCAGGGUGUUUCUGGGCACGACUUUCAGCCAUGAUCUUGGUCCGUUCGACAGUUUUUGUUCCUUCAGAAUGCUAACGAGACACGCUCACAGGCCUGGAUUGCAAUGCGAAUCCGAAGACGUAGGGUUCGAAUGA